AUGGAGCACCAGGUGUCCAUCAUGUCUGACUGGGUCCUCCUCGGGCUGAUCGCAGGGCUGGUGGUGCUGCUGCUGUUGACUGUCUUCGGUUUCGUUGUCUACUCGGGGCUCUUCACAGAGGUGGUGGUGAGUGCUGGCUCCCCACCUGUUGGCAACAUCACGCUGGCCUACAAGUUCAGGGUGGGCCCAUAUGGUGAAUCUGGGCAGCUCUUCACAGAUGGCUGCAGCAUCUCUUCCAAACUCUACUCCAUCGGCGUCUACUACGACAACCCUCACACGGUGUCUCCGGAGAAGUGCCGCUUUGCCAUCGGCCGAAUCCUGAGUGAGGGGGACGCAAAGCCGUCAGAAGAGCAGAUCAAGAGGUUCCUGAAGUAUGGCUUCAAGAUCUUCUCCUUCCCUGCUCCCAGCCACGUAGUCAUGGCGACCUUCCCAUUCACCACACCGUUGUCCAUCCACUUAGCAGUCAACCGUGUCCACCCAGCCCUUGACACCUACAUCAAGGAGAGGAAGCUGUGUGCCCACCCCCGAAUCGAGAUCUACAAGGAGGACCGCAUCUACUUCGUGUGUCCCCUCGCCCGCCAAGGGGACUUCUACGUGCCUGAAAUGAAAGAGCUGGAGAGGAAGAGCAGGGCUGCUGCAGCUGAGGCUGAGGAUGCACAGACAGACAUCACAGGGGCUGACACCAUGAGUGAGACUAGCUCCAUCAGCAUAGAGGCCACAACUGACAGCAGAGACACCUCAGUGGCCACCUCCAUCCUGCUGCCCUUCCCAGCCAGCCGUGGCCGGGAGGAAGUGGACAACCGCAGUGAGCACAGCUACAGUGAGUCGGGAGCCAGCGGCUCCUCCUUCGAGGAGCUGGACCUGGAGGUGACCGGGGACGGGGAGGGAGCCCCAGGCCUGCUGCCUGACAUGGGCUAUGCAGGCAACCAGGAAGUCACAGACAAGUGGACCAAGGAGCCCAUUGCUGCCGAGAGAGGAGAAGAGUGA